ACGUGGUGUAAAAGUAACACCUGGUGUGCCCGGGUGGCACACUGGGUGCGGGCGGUACUUUAUUUGUCAGCAGCGGAAGACAGAACAGAUAGAAGUGAAACCCCGACUCGCGUACCAGUGUAUCUAACACAGACAAUAAUAAUUAAGCUGUCUAUCCACAUCACAUGUGACCUAAAACUGCCUAGGUCUUAAAAAAAUGUGAACUAGACCUAUAAGGUCUGAAAUGUGUCGCUGUCGAAUUUACACUUCAAAGUGAAUGGAAUGAAGGAAUAGCCUAUGGAACGAAGGAGAAAACGAGAAGGAAGAAGAGGAGAAGGAGGAGGAGGAGGAGGAGGAGGAGGAGGAGGAGAAGUGUUAAGAGGUGAUAGCAGGGUAGGAAAUUUAGAAGAAAGAAGGGGAAUAACAAAUAAGGAGGAUUAAAAUAAGAGAGAGAGAGGUGUGAGGCAUGAAGCUAGAAGCUAUUAUGGUCCAGCUACCUCUUCAACUCCUCCUCUUCCUCCUGUUCCUCUUCCUCUGCCUCCUCCUCCUCUUCCUACCCCUGCCAGGAGUGAAGGUAGAGUAGCAGCACUCCCAUAACUUCAGAAUGUAGGGAGACAGUGCAAAGAAAACAAUAACCAGACGUCAAUAAAAGCGUAAGAAAAGCACAAGAGACGAAGAUGGGAGUGAGAAAGUGUGGAUAAUGGAAGAGGGAACAGAGGAGAGAAAGUAACGAAAGUGAAAAACGGAAAUAUAUAGAAAGAAAAUACGUGACACCAUCCAUUGAGAAUGAAAUCUAGAUAACAUAAGAGGGAGCAGAGAAGUGACGAGUGUUUGGAGGAGGAGGAGGAGGAGGAGGAGGAGGAGGAGGAGGAGGAGAGUCAGAAUUAGAAGAAGCAGUACACACCAUGGCUCGGGUGCUCUCCACAAGGUACAGAAAUAAGGAACAACAGAGACAAGGCAUCCUACCGCCUCAAGGAGGAUCACCGACGCGUCACCGGACCAAUGGCGGUAUUAACUAUAAAGUGGACGACAAACUCUCCACCCUCUCCAGGUACUGGACCAUAGACAGGAGCCUGGUGAGAAAGAGAGAGAGAAGUGGAGGCAGCUACACACACAUCAAGAGGACUCUGAGAGAACGAGGUCAACUCUUCGAAGACACUGAGUUCGUUGCGACUUCGAAGUCUCUCUACCUCAACAAGAAGCCGCAUCUCACACCCAUUGUCUGGAUGAGACCUCAUGAGGUCUGCGCCAGGCCGAAAUUCAUCGCGGACGGAGCGACGCGCUUCGACGUAGAGCAGGGCGAGCUGGGGGACACUUGGCUGGUCCAAGCCGUGUCGACCCUCACCCUGACACCCAAGUUCCUCGACAGGGUCGUCCCUCCUGACCAGGCCUUUGACCAUACUUACUGUGGCAUCUUCAGGUUCCGUUUCUGGCACUUCGGAGAAUGGGUUGAGGUCAUCAUCGACGACCGUCUACCUACAUUCAAGGGUCGUCUGGUCUACCUACACUCCACCGACCCUUCAGAGUUCUGGGCUGCUCUUCUGGAGAAAGCUUAUGCCAAGCUUUACGGCAGCUACGAGUCCCUGCAACAAGGGUUCACCACCAGGGCCCUGCAGGACCUGACAGGAGGCAUCGUCCAGAGUUUCAGCCUGACUGUACAAGACAGGUUCCUCACCUACCAGGUCCUCAACUCUGCCGUCCCGAGAUCAACUCUGUUAGUUGCUUCCAUCAACCUGGAGAAGGACACCAAGAGGAACUUACGACUGAGGAACGGACUGGUGACCCAACAUGCGUACAGUGUGACCGGCCUCGCCAGGGUCAGGAGCAAGCUGGGAGAAACUCCUCUUGUCAGACUGCGCAACCCGUGGGGGCGUGGUGAGUGGAGUGGCCCUUGGAGUGAGAGGUCCUGGGAGUGGGACUCCCUCUCUGAGAGGGACAAGGUCCUCCUCUCCGUCCGCGUCAAGAACGAAGGAGAAUUCUGGUGAGUGGGAGAUAGCUCUAGGCCUCUCGUGGUGCAGUCAUUACUUCAUCAGGAGCUUGCAAUGUUG